AAGUAUUGAAGCUUGAUUCUCGGGGGCAUUUUAGUCAGCUGCACGCGCACGUUAGCAAGGAGUCGUGACUGAGCGCGCUGACCAAACGGAACUUUCAUUUAAGUUUUGAUGUCGAAGGAGGAGGCAUGGAACACCCAGCCUGUAUUUUGGAGGAUUUGAAGCAGUUUGUCGUUAACGAUGCCCCACCAACAGUGUAUUACAUCCCAGAUUUCAUAUCGGAAGAGGAGGAGUCUUCUCUUCAACAGCAGGUGUACAAGUCUCCCAAAACUAAAUGGACUCAGCUGUCAGGGAGAAGGCUUCAGAACUGGGGAGGGUUGCCACACCCCAAAGGAAUGCUGGCAGAGAAGAUGCCCGACUGGCUCCAAACGUACUGUGGGAAGAUUUCCUCUUUAGGUGCAUUCAGUGGCAAAACCGCCAACCAUGUGUUGGUGAACGAGUAUGAAGCAGGAGAAGGGAUUAUGCCUCAUGAGGACGGCCCCUUGUACCACCCGACUGUCACCACCAUCAGUCUGGGCUCGCACACCCUCCUCGACUUCUACGCGCCCGUCAGCAUCCAGGAGGGCGCCGCGCCGCAGACCGAGGAGAACCGCUUCCUCCUGUCCCUGCUGGUGAAGCCUCGGAGUCUCCUGAUCCUGCAGGAUGAGAUGUACCAGCGGCUCCUUCACGGCAUCCGGCCCCGCGCCCAGGACACGCUGACCGACAAGGUGCUGAACCUGUCCGCUGCCGGGGCCUCGCCAGGAGAGACGCUGACCCGAGGCACACGAGUGUCCCUGACCGUACGACAUGUGCCCAAAGUCAUGAAGACAACGCUUAUGCUGGGGAGGAAAUGA